AUGUCGAACGAACAGAAGAAAAAAGUUCUGCCAUUUUACGUGAACUUUUCAAUUGCUGGAUUGUCGGGGAUGGGAUCCGCGGUGUUCGUACAUCCAUUGGAAGUGUUGAAAUUUCGUAUGCAACUAAGUGGCGAGAAGGGCACGGCUUCAGAUCACAAAAGCUCAAUUCAUGCAAUAAUAAACAUGGCAAAAAAUGAAAACAUUUCGGGUUUUUAUAAAGGCAUUACCGCAAACUUUAUGAGGCAAAUAAUAUUUACGUCAACUCGGGUGGGCUGCUACACAUCGCUUGUAGAUGAAUUGAAAAAACGAGGACAGGGCACCGUGCUUAAUAACGCAAUAGCCAGCAUGACCACCGGAGCAUUCGCAGCGUUCAUUUCCACACCGACCGACAUUGCUGUGGUCCGCAUGACAGCCGACGGACGAUUGCCACCGGAGAGCCGUCGUAACUACAAAGGCGUGUUCGACGCACUGAUAAAAAUACGAAAGGACGAAGGCAUAACUGGGCUGUGGCGAGGGACGGUAGCGACCGUUCUCAGAGCGAUGACAGCCAAUUUAACGCAGCUGAUGUCGUAUGACGAGGCUAAAGUGUAUAUGAUGGACAAUUAUAAUAUGGAGAACGGUUUGAAGCUCCACACCGUGUCAAGCAUGAUUUCUGGAAUUGUAUAUUCCGUGAGCUCGAAUCCAAUGGACGUGUUAAAAACUAGAAUACAACAACAGAAAAUCGUAGAUGGAAAAGCAGAAUACUCGGGCAUAAUAGAAGUGGCGACGACUUUGGUGAAAUCCGAGGGAGUUAUGGCUUUGUGGAAAGGCUGGCCUUUUUAUUAUUUACGAGUGGCACCAGGGACUGUCUUGUUAUUUAUUUUCAUGGAGCAACUUAGAAAGGCAUAUGAAGAUAAUUUUAUAAAAGACCAGUGA